GUUAAGUUCUUAAUGUAUUCUUUAAACUUUAAAAUAUAUUGUGGAUACAUACACAACAAACAUUCAAAAAGUGGCGGGCUAACUUUUCUCCUAACCUAACCGGAAGAGGAAAGUGUAAACAAAGCUCUGACAGACGUGGGAAUUUGCACACAUGGCAGGAUUAUGAUAAUAUUCAUGGACAAGACCGUCUGACAGAUAAGUUGUAAAAUUGUGUCUAUCUCAGGUUUAAGUUUACUUUUAACGUUACUUAGAAGGCAUUUUCUGGUCUACGAAUAAGAUGAUAGAGCAGUUGAAAUCAGAAGCGAAAAAAUCUAAACCUGGAAUGAUGUACGUUUGGCAAGCAGUGAACCUAGUCAUGGCUUUAUUCUUCGGACUGGCAGCGUUUGCGAAUUCAAACGAUGGUGACUGGUAUAUCUGGUGUCCCAUCUAUACGAUACCCGUAUUGCUAUCCAUCAGUAUUGUUAUUUGGCCACAACUAAAUGAAAACAAGAUAUGGAACACUGUGAGCGUAUUUCACCUUCUUGCAUGCAGUUUGUAUGCUGUCUAUCAAAUUUUCGUUCUUUUGAGCGACUUGGGUGGAAAAAUUGAAAACCCUCUUCAACAUGAAACAGGGAGAGAGAUGGGUGGUCUUCUCAUCAUAAUAGCGUGGCUGGGCUUAUCGCGGUUUUCAAGCAUUGCAAGGCCGGGUGCGGGCAUGUCCAACAAGGGCCUCAUGGGCGCCCUGUUGCUGCUUGUGCUGACCCUCACCGUCAUGCCGCUCUUCCUGUGGUCGAUCUGUUUCAUCAGCGACUGGCACACACGCCUCGGGCACUGCAACGGAAUGUUUAAGAAGUAAACGGUCGUCUGCUUCUCUGAAAUGAUCAUGUGUUGAACUGUAUGUUAUUUAUUGUUAAGUUUUGCUGGAUGAUGGUUUACUAUUAUUGGUGGCGUAUAUGGAUAACUAUGUUUUAUAUUAUGUUUUAUUAUUUGUUUAUUAUUGGUGAUCAAAUCACGUUUGCCUGCUUGAUGUUUGUCUUACGUAAGGUAUAUAAUACCUUAGUGACAUGAUUGCAUAUAUGUCUAGUGUUACCUGAAAUAACGCUUACGGUAAAGAGGCGAUUGCAUUUAACAGUUGUUAUAUACAUUUAGAACAACAUUAAUAUAGUAGUAUGGGGAACACAUUUAAAAACAUACAGUUGUUGUAAACAUGUAUAUGCAUAUACAUAUGUAUACUGAAUGCUAGAUUCUUUGCGUCUGGAACGUACUUAUUUUAAUGGAUGCCUGCCUUCUUGUAUUUUUAAAUGCCAUAUAUUGUAUAUCUAGUCAUGUAGCACUGACCUACGGACUUAGCGUUCAGUGUUACCAGUAAAGCUUACUUUCUUCC